AUGUCGGUAUCAGAUGAGGUUAAGACAUCUGCAGAACACCAUGAAGCCAUCCUUGAAGCCAAAGAGGCGGCCAACGAGGAGCGCCAGAUGACCUUACUCCAGGCUAUUCGUCUUUACCCCAAAGCUGUGUUCUGGUCAGUACUUCUUUCCACCUGCAUCAUAAUGGAGGGAUACGAUAUCGUUUUGAUGAAUUCGUUUUGGGCACAACCAGCCUUUUCCCGAAGAUAUGGCCAAUUCAACGCCGCUACCAGCUCUUAUCAAAUAUCUGCCACAUGGCAGAACGCGCUUGGCAACGCCGUCACAGUCGGCGCAAUUAUCGGAGCAUUCGCUAACGGCUGGUUCGUCCACCGGUAUGGAUAUCGUCCAGUUCUGUUGGUGUCACUUCUAUCAAUCUGUGGAUUUGUUUUCAUAUCUUUCUUCGCACCCAACGCACCGGUACUGCUCGUCGGUCAAUUCCUUUGCGGUAUACCUUGGGGCGUUUUCGCUACUACGGCUCCGGCUUAUGCUAGCGAAGUCUGUCCAACAGUCCUACGCGGCUACCUCACUGUCUAUGUCAAUCUCUGCUGGGCCCUUGGGCAACUUAUCUCGGCUGGCGUGCAAUCAGCAUUUGCCAACAACGAUACACAGUGGGCAUACCGCAUCCCCUUCGCUAUUCAGUGGGCCUGGCCCAUCCCUCUUUUUGCGAUUCUCUCCUUGGCACCUGAGUCUCCCUGGUUCCAUGUCCGCACUGGAGACCUUGGCAAAGCCACCAGGAUGGUAGCACGCCUCUCCUCACCUUCGAAGCGCAAAGACGCCAGAAAGACGGUGGAAAUGAUGGUUCACACGAACGACCUGGAAAAGUCGCUCGAGGAAAACACAUCUUACGUGCAGUGUUUUAAAGGAAUCGAUCGGCGUCGUACUGAGAUUGCUUGCAUGGUUUUCGCCGCCCAACCGCUCUGCGGCUCUGCUAUGGGCGGUACUCCGACUUAUUUUUUCGUCCAGGCGGGUGUGCCACAGGCAAUCUCGUUCAAGAUGUCUGUUGGUGGACUUGGAAUAGCCUCGAUUGGAACCAUUGUGUCUUGGGUCCUCAUGAGCUACAUCGGUCGCCGAAAACUCUACCUCUGGGGCCUGGGCGGCCUUGCAGCAAUACUCUCCAUUGUCGGCUUCAUCAGUGUUGGCGCCAGCCGCUCGUCGGCUGGGAAUUAUUCUCAAGCUGCCAUGAUGAUCGUCUGGCUGUGUGUCUACUAUUUGACAGUUGGGCCGAUAUGUUAUGCGAUUGUGGGAGAGGUCUCUUCCACACGACUACGUGGCAAAAGCAUUUGCCUCGCCCGUGUCGUAUACUACGUCGCAAAGAUCAUAUCAGAUGUUAUCAACCCCUACAUGUUGAAUCCUACCGCAGGCAACUGGAAGGGAAAAACAGCUCUAUUCUGGAGUGGUUGCGCAUUCUUGUUUUUCAUUUGGGCAUUCUUCCGGCUGCCUGAGACGAAAGGACGUACUUACGAAGAACUGGACAUCAUGUUCGCUGAAGGCAUUCCCGCAAGAGACUUCGCCGACCAGGUCGUGGAUGCGUACGCAGAGCAUGAUCAUGCUCAUGGUCGACGUAAAUAA